AUGCCCGCCCCGCUCCGAGCCGAUGCCGUCCAGGAAGCCGACCAGACAGCCCUGGACGAAGUUUCCGAUGCCAGAAUCAAAGCCGAGUCUCAAGCCACCGAACAGUCGGAAGCUUCGCCCGAGCUCAGAAAUCUCGUUGAACAGAAGGCCGGUGAAGAUCAUGGGGAGAAUGUCACACUUGGGGACGGCAAUGCUACCAUUAGUGUCGGCAUCCAAAGCGCUCGAAGGGCUCCCCAAGGCCGGAUCCCACGUAUGAUCGGCAAUGUAUUCAAAAGGAAGCCUUCAUCCGGUAAGAGCAAGGAGUCCACCGGACUGGCUCUGGACCCGGAGCUCGAAGACAACAGCAAGAUUAUGAGAACCAAGCCGACUGCCCAGCGACCGGCGGCGUCCAAGGACGUCGUCAAGAUGGACCAGUCUGACGAUGGUGCCAGCAGUACCAUGUCACAGAGCCCAGAAUCGGCACCUAGUUCACGGAUCAUCAAGCUGGACAACGCGGCAGCAGAGAACACUUCCAUCACGAACAAUGAGGCUUCGAACGAAACCGACGACCCUUCCAGGAGGAUGCAGAGAAUGAUGGUGGACAAGGCCAUGUCUUCUUUCAUGGACUGGCUUGAUGUCAAACUGAAGGUGAAAGAGGAGGAGGAUGAAUCGCCGAGAUUGUCAACUCAUAGGCCCAGGCUUGGGUCUGGCCAGGCUCCCGUCACAGCACAAGCCCUAGCAGCGCAGGAGCUGACGAGAAAGCUGCGUGCCGCAAAGAUAAACUACACAAGCUCGAGGAUACUCCCAGAGAAACGACGUUCUUCAAUGGAAAGGACACCGCCAAAGGUUACUUUGGCCAAACCACAAAGUCCCGCCUUCGCAAGCUCAGCGACGCCUCCGCCGCCACCGAGAUCUGCACCGGUCACCCGCUCUCGCGGUGCUCUACGAUUAUCAAAAUCGUCCCUGGAUUCGAGUUCUGGUGGCUUGGGAGGCAGAUCUCCUUCGCAAGAAGCAGAUGAGCCGACAAUCCCCUCCUUGUCCUCGCCCCCACGCUACUAUGCGGGCAACAGUCUCUCAUCGCAGCCUUUGGCCGCGCCAGCGACAGUAUAUUCUCAAGAGACUCAAACGAAUACUGCACCACUUCAGGAAGAACUGGAGCUGUCGCCAUCACUGCCCCCGCCGCCUCCCGGCGGUGCGGGAGGUCGAGAAGCCAGAGCAAGAGGAGUGGCGGCCCCAGGAACAGAAAGCCCUUUACCUUUCGAGGAACCGAAGAAAAAGAAGAAGUCCAAGCGCGUAGCUGCUGUGGAGGAAAUGGAGGAGGAAGAGAAGCUUGAGGACGAGGAGGAUGAGGACGAGUACGACAGGGCAUACAUGGUUCUUGAGAGCUAUGAAGAAGUCCCUGCUCGACCUGUUAGACGCUCUGGACAGUGGAAAGAGUCCCCGGGAAGGAUCCUGCCCCCGCCUCCGCCUCUGCCCGCCGCACCUUUCCCUGCUCUCUCGAGACCUCAUCUGCCCCAGGACCCUCAAGAAGCGGAAUCACCAGUGCGCAAAGAAAGGAGAAAUGCCCAACAGAUUAGAGGAGCACCACAACAUCGCAAGGGGUUCUCAUUGCGAGAUACUGAGGAACCCGAAAACCAGCAACCCGAGGCGGUGAUACAGACUCCUGAACCCAAUGUCCCUUCUUACUCGUCAUACAAUCCACCAAUAACAGUUGGAAUAAAUUCGAUUGACGUCUUCUUCGGAGAUUCUGCUCCACAGGCGCCGCAACAGCCAGCUAGUGGUACUGGAACGGGAUCGCCGUCGCGAACAACCGCUGGAAUAUAUUCGAUUGACGUCGUCUUCGGAGACUCUGCUCCACAGGCGCCGCAACCGCCAGCUCUUGGUACUGGAACGGGACCGCAGUCGCAGCGUCGUAAUGGGCCCUCGGCCGCCAAACGUGGUAGGUCCAAGGGCAAAGCUAAAGACGACGAAGAUGAGGAGGAUGGAGACGGAAACCAGGCACCUCGUACCAAGCUCCCCAAGGUUCAGGAGGACGCAGUCAGCGGCGCAAAACUAGCGUGUCCGUUCUUCAAACAUAACCCACGCAAGUACAAGAACCAGCGCCCUUGCUGCGGGCCUGGUUGGGACCACGUGCACCGGAUCAAGGAGCAUAUCUACCGCAAGCACUCGCUGCCCAAGUUCUCCUGUCCUCGCUGCUCUCAGCCGUUCGAGACACAGGCGGAUCUCCAAGCUCACGCCCGAUCUCCCGACCCCUGCGAAGUCAAGGAACCCGAGAUUCUGGACGGCAUCACCCAGGACCAGGAAAAGAAGAUUCGCUCGAGGAAGAAGACAAGCGGAAAAGAGCUCACCGAGGCCGAGAAGUGGACGCAAGUCUACCGCAUCCUAUUUCCCGACGUGAGGGAAAGGGAGAUCCCGUCGCCAUAUUACAACACCGAAGAUGCCCAGACGAAUCUAAGCGGGUAUGAAGAUUACCUCCGUCGCGAGCUACCGACCCUCGUCCGCCGGCAACUCGAGGUAGAAGUCGAGCGCGAGCUGAGUUUCGUCGAGGAGGGAAUGAAGCAAAAGGUCAUCGAAAUCGCGCGGAAUCUCCAGCUCACACUCUUCAAGGGCUAUCAGCAGCUCGAAAGUCAGGAGCGGGAAGGUCUCGAGGAAGCAUCACCGAGUGCUGGCGACGUUUUGAGCACGGAGACGGGCGGGCUUUCGUCCUUCACGACGACAAAUACCUCGCCGUCCACCAUGACCACUGCUGGCACGACUCCCGAAAUACCAGAUCCGUUGGAGAUAUUCGGUGCCGAUCCUGCGAUCCCGGACUUCGACUUCAACUUCAUGGCAGACAUUCCAUUCCCGGAUGCCCAGGAGCCGCCGAAGGAGCUCAACCCCGCGUUUGGUAUGAACGCUUAUGUUGUGCCAGACCAAGUCAACAUGCAGCCUGGAAUGGAGUUGUACGGAGGACAAAAGUUGGAUCUACCAUACUACGGAAUGGAUGGUUACGGUCACAACCAGGAUGCGGCCACGGGUGCACACUUCCCCGACCACCACCUCGAGAUGCAGGCCAUGUCUGUAAAUCAAGCGCAAGCAUAUCAGCCGUGA